GGUGCACCUGCCUGCGAGCGAUUUGUCGCCUAACCUUCCCUACCUGCCCUUACCACCACUCACGACCGCACCUGCCUCACAAUCGCGUGCCUCCCUGCACUGGUCUGGUUGCUCCUGCCAUCGUUCCUUUACCUAGCAUCUACCCUGCACCUGCACCUGCACCUGCACCUUCCUCACCACUAAACAAUUCGCGUCACGGUCUUACCAUUUCCCGCCAAGCCACGAUCUGAUUUGUUCACCGUCUUAUUUAUCCUCGCGCAUCCCAGAAUCAAUUUGACGCGCUCAGUUGGUCGUCUUUGUUUCUUCCUCUACUCUUUUUCUCCAACUCCAAAACAACAAACGCCAUCUCCAAUCGCGUUUUUUACUUCUAUCCCGCGCCACCCGACCGUUUUGCAUUUCCAUUAUUCUGGUUCGCAAUUCAAUCUUCAACGGUCGCCACCAACCUGUCACUGCUGCCUGUUCCAACACACGCCUUCACUGGUUUGUCACAUCGCAGCACCGCAGCCUAUUCAUCAUUCUCUCACCAACUUCUUGGCACUUACCACAGUCACAUGACCCUUCGGCGCCGGGUUUUUAUCUCCGCCAAAUAAAACUCCCACUCUCCCAGUGUACUGGUCAUCAUCAGGCUGGUCGAUCUGAGAGAUACAGAGUUUCUCGUCCCGGUUGCCACUUCAUUGUGUCAGCUAUACUCACCCUGCCGACUUCGCGCACGCGAUCGACCCUCGAAGAUCUCAUUGGCUUCUCUCCACUUCCAUCGCCUUGCAACGCCACCUCGUACUUUGUAUAACAGUACACUUAAUAAUUAAUCCUGCCUCUUUUCUGAUUUUCGGCUGGUCCGAUCUGCCAUCACUCUCAUUUUGGCAUCAUGGACGUUGAGAUGCAGUUGGAGUCUAAUGGACUGCCUAAACAGUUCGAAUCCACAUCAAAUCAACCUCCAGAAUCUCAUCUUACCGAAAAUCUCGCCGCAUCAGUUUCAAAUUCUGAGGCAACUCUCAAUUCACUUCCCCCCAAACCCUUUGUGGCAGAACCUUCACCGCAGCCCGAGUUACCACAGACGGCACCGGAAGCAGUUACUGACACAAUACCAGCGCUACCUCCAGAAGUGACGACACCGGCAGUGAAUGGUAUCAGUGAACACGCCCAGCCAACAGAGACCAGUAUAUCUACCACCAUCCCCGAUUCUCUUCCUUCCUCCACAAUUCCCGAUGAACCUACCGUGCCACUCCCACCACCACCCACAGCAACAACAAUAAUAUUGGCUCAAGAAGACCACCCCACUGACUCUGGUAUCCCCUCCUCGAUACCCGCCGAGUCACAAACCUUAACCACUCCAAUCGAAUCCACGCAGGCAACAAUGGAGCUUGCCAAGCCCGUUGCUGACCCUAUUCAACCACCGAUCUCCGACCUACGAACAGAGCCUCAUUCAGACGCUCUUUCCGCGGACGCAGUGGCGGCUGUUGAGGCUGAAAAACACAAGCUUGAUAAUGCCGCUGAUGAUCCAAUCGCGCCUGCCAAACUCGAGACGGUCGAGCACCUUGUUUCGUCCGAAGCAAGUCCACUUGAACCUGUGACCAUUACCCCUGCGGAACCAUUAACUGCCACGGGUUUGCCCUCUCCUCCUGCGCAGUCCCCACCACCUGCCCCUAGGCCUGAACCAGCGACAUCGCCCAGCGAGAAGCCAGUCGAAGAGCCAACUGUGGUAUCUGCUCCGUUGACAUCCGAACAACCGACCCCAGUUGCAGCAGUAUCACCUACUCCGGAGCCAGUCGUCUCUGCCGAGGUUGCGCCUCCCCAGCCCGAGGAACCGGCCGCACCUGCACCAACUCCUGCUGUCAUGACACUCCCAAACAUCCAACUGGAGGAUCAAAUCAUGACUGAGGCCCCCCCUGCAGUAGUCAAACAAGCUCGCGAACGAGAAGAUGACGGAGAGGAGCAAGAUCGCGCUGCGAAACGCAUCAAGACAGACGAACCAGACCAAAAGACUGAAGAGGCGACGUUCAAGGUGCCUGAUGUUCCCGCCCCCGUCAGCCAGAAUUCCCCAGCUCCCAAUGGUGUCUCAAGCAGCGUUGGUACUCCAGUUGACGGCGACGACUCGGUGACAACUGCGCGACUCGCCCACAUGAAGAAAGUUAUUUCGAACUUGAAGAAAAGCAACGCCUCGUCUGCAUUCAGACUGCCCGUGGACUAUGUCCACUUGAACAUUCCAAACUACCCCGAUAUCAUCAAACACCCAAUGGACCUGAGCACGAUCGACCAGCGACUGAAGCAGAACAAGUACACCUCGGUGUCCGCAUUCGUGAGUGACUUUGAGUUGAUUGUCAGCAAUUGCUUCGCUUUCAAUGGCCCUGAGCAUGGUGUUUCGCAACAAGCCAAGAAGAUGCAGUCUUCGUUCAAUGGGCAGAUGGCGAAUCUCCCCAAAGCCAGCAUUGAGGACCCUUCCAAGGAGAAGAAGGCGGCUCGCAAGCAGGAGCCCACCAGACAGGCACCUCCACGUCGCCCGUCGGUUUCAACGGCGGUGCAACGCCCGGUGGUUGCCAAUCCCUCGCCCAAGGCUGCCGCGCCAGCAACACCGUCUUUUGCUCCCGGUCCUGAUGGUAUCCCACUGAUUCGCCGUGAUUCAAGUUUGGCGGAUGGCCGUCCCAAGAGAGCCAUUGUGCCCACCAAGCGAAAUCAAGAAUUUGGUAGUGGGCGACCAAAGAAGAAGAAGUAUGAGCUGCAACUCAAAUUCUGUGAAGAAGUCCUCAAGGAGAUCUCGCAUCCACGACAUUGGACCAUCAAUCAAUAUUUCACUCAUCCAGUCGAUCCUGUGGCCUUGAAUAUCCCAACGUACUUCCAGAUCAUCCGCAAACCUAUGGAUCUUGGCACGGUCAAAACCAACCUAGAUCAGAAUGUGUAUGAAAAGGCCAAAGACUUUGAAGAAGAUGUCCGGCUCAUCUUCAAGAAUUGUUUCAAAUUCAAUCCCGAGGGUGAUCUCGUCAACCAAUCUGGACAUCAGCUGGAAGCUCUGUUCAAUCAGAAGUGGGCCGCCAAAGAUGAGUGGCUUGCUAGUCGCGAGCCUCCUUCGGAGCCUCAGAGCGAAGCCGAGGACGAUGAAAAUGCCGAAGAAGAAUCCGAGGAGGAGGCAGCAGACGACUCGGACGAGGAAGAGGCGGCGCGACAACAGCAGAUUGCGCUACUGCAAAAGCAAAUGGAGGAAAUGUCAAAGCAGAUGGCAGGUCUGACCCAGAAGAAACCCAAGAAAUCCAAAUCUCCAUCGACCAAGAAGCCGAAAGCGAAAGCCGGCAAGAAGGAGAAACAAGGCCCUGGCGCUGUGUCUUCUGCAAAGGACAAGAAGGACAAGAAGAAGCCCAGCAAGUCCAAGGCGGAUAAGGACCGUGCUGUGACUUUUGCCGAGAAACAAUAUAUUUCGAAUGGCAUUGCCAUGCUCCCGGAAAAGCAGAUGCAAGAGGCCUUGAAGAUCAUCCAGUCCAGCGUGCCGUCCUUGGCCAACAGCGACCAGAAUGAGAUUGAGUUGGACAUUGAGGAGGUUCCGACUCAUGCGCUUCUCAGACUGCUCAACUUUGUCAAGAAAUAUGCUGGUCCACCACCAGUCGAGAUUCGGCCAGAGCAACAGGAUGUGUACAACGCGCCUGCUGUGACCAAAACCAAGAAGAGCAAGCCAAUGAACAAGCAUGAGCAAGAAGCUCAAAUCGAAGAGUUGAGAGGCAAGCUUGGCGCGUAUGGUGGAGCUGUGUCGCCAAACGCAAUGCAGUCCAUCGAAGGUAACGACAGCAGCGACGAUGACGAUGGGUCGGAGGAGAGUGAAGAAGAGUAGAUUGGUGCAUAUUGGACUUGAUGGCUUGUGAGACAAGGGCUAUUUUGCGUUGAUAGCGUUGCAAUGGACACUGCCGUCGAUUGGCACGAAUACCCGCAACAGAGCAGUUGCAUAUCAAUUCCCGGGACCGGGUCUCGGAUAGCUUCAGAGAGAGAGAGAGAGAGAGAGAGCGAGAGAGGCAUUGAUGGAGCUGUAGGAUUUAAAUCUGAAGUUAUGCAUGAGAAAGCUGAGAGAAGAAUGCGAGCAUGCCCUGACACACGGUAUGAAUUGAAACAGACAUGAAGUAUCACAUCAAAACCGUAUGGCAUCCAUGCAAAUGAAUGCGGCUACAAACUUGGCUCUUGCUCGGACGUACCUUGGAUGUUUUUGUUGGGGGGUUUGAUAAGUAAUAGACUUGGUGAAAGUAAUAAGGAAUGAAUUUGAUGAAGAUAAUAAGGGAUCGUUGUCGUUGAU